AUGACUACGGUUGCUGACGCGAAAACAGACCAUCUCAUUGGGAUCAUGGAGAUGGACGAUAAGCUAGCUAAAAUUAGGUCUCAAAUCAACUCCAAGUUAGAAAAUCAGAAAAAAAUGGCACUUGUGUUACAGACCAUUGAUGAGACUCUCAAGCAACAAAACCAAAAUGCUACCCCAAUCACCUACUUUGUCUCUUUUUUAACAUUGCUAGAUCAGUGCUGUGUCGAGAACGAAAUCAAGGAUUUACCCCUGGCAACUUGUGCCCUAUAUUUUCUUGAUUUGGUGGCACCGUAUGCACCUACAAAACUACUCAAAUCGAAGUUCUCUGAUAUUCUAGUUCGAGUUGCGCCUACACUAACAAGCGACGUCGCAGAUGCUCCGUUGAUCAGGUCGGCAAUUGGUUUCUUGGAGUCUUUACUUUUAGCCCAAGAUGCCAAAUCAUGGAACAAUUCCGGUAAUUUCAAAAUUUCUCCAAAGAGGGCAUUGUCUGCACUUUUAGAUUUAUCCUUGGACCCACGGCCGAAAGUGAGAAAGAGAGCACAAGAAGCUAUUUUGAAUGUUUUAAAGAAAAUACCUCAAGGUACAUCUUCAAAGAAGCAUGAACACCCUGCUUCCUCUUAUGCAAGUGAAUUUGCAUUGAACAACUUGAUUACUUUGUUGAAUGAAAAUAACAUCAGGUUGAAAUCGUCAAAGGAUGAUUCGAACUCCCAACCAAAGGUAAUACAUAAUUUACAGUUGAUAACCUCAAUCACAUCUUCGAAUGCCUGGCCAUUAAAACAAAUCACUCCAUUAUGUGAUGUUCUUCUAGAGAUCUGUAAAUCUGCUGAUCAGUAUUUAAUCUCAGCUGCAUUUGGUGCAUUUGAAGGUAUGUUCAAAUCAAUGACCAAUGAAAUUGACGCAGCAAAAUUUAUUACUGUUUUGGAUAUCAUUUUUGAUUUAAAACCAGCUCAAAACGAUCCUCACCUUGCGCCUUCUUGGUUGGCGGUUAUUGCUAAAGCUGUUGUCUCAUUCUCCUCAAAUGUAAACUCUUUAGAAAUCCUCAUGAAAUUACCUGAUAUCUUCAAAUCUGUUGGUACUUAUUUUUUGAGUGAAAAUUCAAGCAUUGCGGAGAGUGCAUCACAAUGUUUGAUUGCUAUUGUUGUUGAUGGUAUCAAGGACAAAGAUUUAUUAUCGCCACCAGAUGUUGAUUCAAAGCUAUAUGAGCAGGUCAAUUUCGUCAUUUCUCAAAUUGCUGAAAUCACUUCCGAUUGCUUGACUGUUAGAUACAGAUCCAGUGCAGCUUUUAUUUGUGAACUUAUUUCUACACUUUUCAUUAAACUAAGACAUAGGGCCAACCCUGGAUUUUUAAAUCAUUUGGAGUUGAUUGGUAAUUGGAGAUCAAACGAACAAGAUGGCUUUGAAUUAAACGAAAUUUCUGAAAAAGUCAUUGCCAGUGCUAUCUCUUCAAUUGGUCCAGAAUUAGUGUUACAAGUUUUGCCAUUGAAUUUAACUGAUCCCAAGAAAGUUGGUAGAGCUUGGAUGUUGCCAAUUUUAAGGGAAAAUGUUCAAAUGGCUUCAUUGGGUUUUUAUGUUGAGAAUAUUCUUCCAAAUGUCGAGUUCUUCCAAAAAAAAGUUGAAAAUGGUGAUCCUAAUUCCGUCAACACCAAAAUUUUUGCUACUAUUAUUGAUCAAAUCUGGUCUUUGUUACCAUAUUUUUGUUUCUUACCAACAGAUUUACAAACCGCAUUCACUGAUGAGUUUGCAGCACGUAUUUCAGGUUUGUUAUAUGAAGAAGUUCAACUAAGACCUGUUUUAUGUAAUGCAUUAAAAAAUUUGGUCGUUACAGAGAAGCAAAGGCUCAAUGAAGAAGGGGACGAUAUUAUUCUAAAUCAGCAAUUCCCACAGGCUAAGGCGAAGGAAGAUUUAGAAUACCUUUCAACAACAAAGGCUACCAAAUUACUAUCUGUUUUAUUCAAUGUUUAUACUCAGAUUCCAAUGGAUCAAAGAAAUUAUGUUGCGGAGGCAAUUGAGCCAUACUUCAAUAUCUCAACAACGGAAGACAUGGUUUCUACUUUCAACAAAGUUUGUUCUCUUUUGAGGAAGGCAUUAGACGAUGAAAUUAAGGAAGGCAGUUUGACUAGAGAUGACGCUUCAAAGCCACAGCCUAAAAACGCAGUUCCAAAACUUUCUGUUACUAUGAUGGAUUUGAUUGUCAUGAUGACUAAGUAUAUUCCUUCCGACUCGCAUAAUGCGUUGCUCACAAUAUUUAAUGAAACUGUUAGAAUUGAAAACUCACAAAUUCAAAAGAGAUCAUACAGAAUAAUCUCAAAACUGUUGGAAAUUGAGAACUCUGACUCCCAAUCUAUCAUUAUGUCAUUGGUUUCUAAUAUCAUGCAAGUGUUCAUUGAAACUUCGCCAACCACUUUACCUUCAGCUAGACCUCAACGAUUAGAGGCGUUGGUGAAGUUGAUAAAGUUGUUGCCACGUGAUUCUUUGCACUAUAUUACCGGUAUUCUAUCUGAGGUUAUUGAUUCAACAAGAAGUGCAAAUGAAAAAACUAGAACCACUUCUUUUACUUUAUUAAUUGAAAUUGGUAACAAAUUCAAAGAAUGUACAGGUGAAAUGAUCAGAAACACUUUGAUUGAUUCAGAUAUUCCUGAUUCGCAAGCAACCAUUCAAGAGCUAUUCUUGAUGUGCUGUGCAGCUGCAGGACCUGAAAUUCCACAUCAACGUAGUGCUGCAAUUACUGCAUUGUCAUGUAUAUUCUAUGAAUUCCACAAGGAACUAGAUAUCUCAUAUCAGAAGGAGUUAAUGCAAUUUGUUGAAGUCUUCUUACACCAAAAUAACAGAGAAGUCAUUAAACCAACAUUAGGAUUCAUGAAAGUUGCCAUUUUAACAUUGCCUGAAGAGGAAAUUUUACCCGAGCUGAAAGGUUUAAUGACUUUAUUUUUAGCUAUUAAUAACAAACAUAAGAACCAUUUCAAAUCCAAAAUCAAACAUCUAAUCGAAAGAAUGAUUAGAAAGUUUGGAUUUGACGUUAUUGAUAACUGUAUUCCUGAAGAAGACAAAAAAAUUAUAAAUGGUAUCAGAAAGGCCAAAAAUAGGGCCUCUAAGAAAUCGACAGAAAAUACUACUGCUUCUUCCAGCACCACAUCUUCUAACAAAGUUGGUCUUUCCGCAUAUGAUAGAGCAUUAUAUGAAGAUUCAGAUUCUGAUGACUCUGAGGAAGAAGUUGAGGAGAAACCAACAAAGGGCAAGUCUAAAGGUGCUGUCCAGUAUAUCUCCGAAUCUAGGGACAUUCCGUUGGAUCUAUUGGACAAGAAGGCGCUGUCACAGAUCUCUUCAUCCAAAUCAAAGAAAUUCAACAGAAAAUCAAUCGAAUCGAGUUUCAAAACUAGAGAUGGUAAAUUGGUCAUCAAGGAAAGCAAUGACGAUGAUGAUGAUAUUUUAGCCAAUAAGGAUUCAUUAAAUGCAUAUGUUGAUGCCGUCAGACAAGGUCCAGUUAGAGGUCAAAAGAACAAGCUGAAAUGGAAAAAGCAAGGUGCUUCCGAUAAUUGGGAUGGCGAUGAUGACGAUGAUCAUAAAGAGGUGGAUUCUAAAUCCAAGAACAAAAGAGGCGGCAACAACAGCAAGGGUAAAGGUGGCAGAAUCACCAAGUCACAACCCAAAUUCAAAGCUAGAAAGAAGUUUUAA